UACAUCGACAAAAAAAAAUGGUGGAUCGAUUUGAGGAUUUGGGGUUGAGAUUUGUCUCACAAAAAUGCCUUAAUUAAAUAGCCUAAGCAAAGCUACACUGUAUAAUGAUGACCUUACCAUGAUACCUGCUAACAUGUAGAUUGGUGAAGAGUUCAGUUAUCAGGAAGAUCAAGAUGGAUCGUCGUCUUCUGGUGCUACAUCUGGUAGCUCUUUUUUCACUCGUCGGUAAUCGCGUUGCGGGCACGUCGUACGCAGCAGGACAAGGCGCAGCAGACAACGGGCACACAGCGAAGAAAACCCCCAUGGACUACAGCCGCUACGCGCAGGAUGCACGCGAAAUCUCCGGCCACAACGGACUCCGCGGAUCCCUGGCCUCGAAUACGUGUGAGGGUCAAUACGAUGUGAAAAACUCCACAAUAAUUCGCACCAAAGAUUCAAUUAACAAUGGGGCAGAUUUCGUAGGCGACAUGAUUGUGGACGAAGCCGUCGAAUGCCGCUGGAGGUGUUGUCAAAAAGAAGGAAAAUGUGACACUGCCGUCUUUGUUGAGGAUAAAUCCAAGGACAAAAAUUGCUUCUUGUUCAAAUGCUGGGAUGAGAAGAUUUUAAAAUGCCAAUUUUCCAGCCACUGGGGAUAUGUAACUGCCAUAAUCGGAGGGUUUGUUGACGCACUUCCAACACGUCAAGUUGCAAGUGCAGACGAUUCUGGCAGAGAUGAAGAAUUUAUUCACAAUGGCGAGGAUCUUCAGUCUGAGAAUGUUGACAGUAGUGACAAGCUUGAAGGGGACAGAGAUGAUGUCACUCAGUGUAGACGCGGUCAGAUUCAGUGUGCCAGUGGUGAAUGUAUUGUUGCCCGCUAUGUGUGCAAUGGUAUAGAUGACUGCGCAGAUGGCUCAGAUGAGAUGGGAUGCAAGUAUGACACAAAUACUCCCUCCUCACACUCCUCCCAUGCCACUAACCUUCCUCAGAUAGGUCCCACAGCUCCAAACAUCCAAAGUGACGAGAAAUUGCAGCUCCCACAGAAGCUGGAUCUGAGUGAAGUAAGGAGCGAACUGGCUAGCGAGCUGCAUGGGCAGAGUAUGCAAGAGAAGAUGGAAUCUGGGGAUCAGAAUAAUAAGGAUGGGGGUUUGAAAAUGGGGCAGGACGAGAGUAAGAUUAAUGCUCAGGGUGAUGUCAGUCAAGGAGAUGCUAAGAGUGGUCCACAGGAUGGGAUGCACAACUCCGAUGUUGGCAAUCAGUUGACGAGCAGCAAAGCAAAACCAGAAGCAUCUCGUUCUGAUGCACAGGGUUCACAGGAGGACACUGGUGGACACUCUGAUGUGGCUGCUGACGGACUGUUUGAAGGUCCAACUGGUUUACGCCCACUUCAGCCGAGCGGUCCAAAAGAUGAAGAUGGGUCCAAUCAGGCCAACGCUGAGGAGAGGAAGUUGGAGGAAAUCCCUGACAAAGAUGCAGGGGAGAAACAAGGGCAGAUGGGUGAGCAGAUGGAGCAGCUAGGAGGUCCUGAUAAGCCUCUACUAUCCCGUCCAACCAACCCUCACACCGGUCAAGAUAAACAGGACCAAGCGCCAAAGACUAGUUACCAACCCAGCAACGAUAACCAGCCUGGUAGGUAUGACGCUGAUUCCUCAGAGAUUCUCGACCAACCUCAGAGAGGUCUAGAAAAUCGUUACCAGCCUCUCCAACCAGACCAUGCAGUUAAAAGCCCCGGGGAUAACUCUCAGCGAAACCGCAAUCCCUCCAGACCCGAUAUCGGCAACAGCCCUGGAUUCGCAGAUCGCUUCAAUCCAAACUACUACCGCAACGACGAUGGAAAAGACAACGUGUACUCGUAUGACAACUAUGGCAUUUACAAUAAGCCAUACGCCAACCCACCAGAUUACAACUACCCCAACGACAUGUUCAAGGAGCUGACCAAUCCUGGCCAGAACUAUCAAGAUGGUCUGUAUGAUGACGCUCCCCUGUACACUGAUCUUCAGGAGACUGGGUACGAUCCUGAUCGAAUCAACUACCAUCAACGUGACCGGUUCAACAGUAAAUACGAUCGCCAGGGAAGUAGGGAACCUUUUCAGAGACCGCAUUCUUAUGAUGGGGUCCAAGACGGUUGGCGGCAGAGAGGAGGAGAUAGUGGCAUGAGGAAUGGAGGAGGAAGAGGGGGUAUCCCAAGGGUCAAUGGUAGACCUUAUCAGGACAGGCCUGGACCUGGUGAUGGUACUUCUGAUGAUGGCAAUUGGAAACACUGGGACGAGUACAACCAUCGCGGUGACACCUAUCUGCCAGGCUCCCAAGAUGGGUACGAUGACAAUGACAGAGGUGAUGAUGACACAGUGGGCUACAGACCCGAUGACACCAAUGAGGAGGGAGACGUACGCGAAGACACAGGAGCAGAUGGAAAAGCAGAUGGCUUAGUGGAGCAUGGAAGCAAUACCAAUGAUGACAAGGACAGCGAAACUGGUGGAGGCGAGGAGGAAAAUGAAGUAGCGACUGAAUCUAAAGAGCCUGUUGAUUCUCCAACCCUCCCCUCCGUGUCAACCGUCCAGCCCCAACAGCCCACCGUUCCCGAGUCAGAAAUCCCCCACAAGGAUGAGGACCAGUCCCCACCGGACAUCACCCCCAAGGUGGACAACAACGAUCGGCCGGAUCACGACAGCGACCACAAGGUGGAACCGUUUGGUAGCCACCCGGCCACAAGUGCCAUCCUCCCCUUAGCCGUGGGCCUGAUUAUCACCUUGCUUCUGCUCAUGAUGCUGAGCUGCCGACUGAGGUACAUGAACCGGAGAUUGCGCUAUGGACGACUCAAGACCCAUGCCCACGAUGCGGACUAUCUGAUCAACGGCAUGUACUUGUAGAUUACAUGCAGACGGGGGUUUGUUAGUACCUUACUCUAGUUAUGUGAAAAUGGCAGUGUAACAGUGCAUAAACUUCAGUGCUUGUUCAGUAGACCCCUUGCAUCUGAUGUCACAUCUGAGGCAGGUCUUAGUUCUUCUGUGAUAUGCAUGAGUAAAUAGUUUGUACAUGUAUUUUCAUUGUCACUGAAUUAACAUAAAAAAAAGUGUUCUCGGUGAGAGCAAACAGUCUAUUUGAACAGCUACAAAUGUACAUGUACGUGAUGUUGUGAUAAAACUACCUUCAAUGCAUGUACUCAGGUGAAAUUAAACACGAGUUUUUGAACGGGCAACUACUUACAUGUAUGAAUUAGAGUUUUCCAGGGGUCAUACAUGUGUGAAAGAUUGAACUCCUUGUGGGUCCCCUUUGAAAUAUAUUGUGCGAGAAUGUUUUAAUACGCACAAGUUUGGCUGUACAGUGUUUGAUGCUGUCCAAAUUGAUUUAGUUAAAUAUAAAUGUUCCAGUGUGCAGAUACAUGAUGUCAUGACUGCAUGCAUUUCCAGUUCCCAGUUAAAGUAAGUCCUGCUUCCAUUGUCACCAUUUUUCGUAGCUUUUCCGCAACUCUGCGGAAUAGCUAUUGUUUUUAUUCUGAUUUUUUUUCUUUGCUACGUCUUCUUGUUUCAUUCCACACCACUCUUGACAUUGAACAGAUAUCAAAUGUGAUGAAACUUUGCACAGACUGAGAUCCUGUACUGAAUUCGUGCAUAUUACUCUGACGUCAUGAUGACAUCAUCGGGAUCAUGUGACGUCAUCGGGAUCAUGUGACGUCAUCUUAAACAGUGCAUUUUUCAACAGCCUAUAUCUAGAGAACUACAAGGCCGAUUGGGUUGAAACUUUGUGUGUCCAUAGUCAGGCAUGUGUAAUAGAUGCAAAUUGAAGUGAUGUCAUGAUGAUGUCAUGUGAAUUCUUAUUGAUUUUUUUUUUCAUCACAUCUGCAUACAUGUCUCAGGAACAAAAGAUGCUACAUGUACAUAGUACAUUCAAAAGUCUUUCUGAUUUAGGUUGGGUAUGUCAUAGAACAUGCAUACACAAUUUCGAAAAAAAUGUGUGACGUCAUCAUGACCUCAUCAAAAACAUGUUUUUUUUUUAACACAUACACUGACAUAAAAGGAGAUGCCCAAUCGUUAUGAAACGUGGUGGGUAGUUAGAUAUUUGUAAUAGUAUUCAAAAUCUGAAGUUGUGUAAAGAUGUCAUCAAUCAAUUUUUUUUUUAAUUUUUAACAUUUAAUUUUUUCUCUAAUUGCAAAAUUUGAACUGAAAUGCAAUCAGACUGGCUUCAAACUAGGCACAGAUUAAGACCCAAGCUAAAGUUGGUCCUAAACAAGUGACAUCAUGAUGAUGUCAUCAUGGGUCAUGUGAUGUCAUCAGAAAGGUGUGAACUAAACCUGGAUGAGCUAUACGAACGCACCCAAUGAAAAUUGAAAUGACGUCAUGUAAUUUUUCAUGGGUUUUUAAUUUUGUUUCAUCUUAUUUGCGUAUCUUAGGAACGAAAGGUGCUAUAUUCUUUUUGUGAAAGGUUUGGCAAGUCAAAGAUAUAUGCCCAAAAUUUUGGAAAAAUGGCUGACGUCAUCGUGACAUAAUCAAAAACAUGAAAAAUGCGAUUUUUAAAACAUAUGGAAUGUCUGAUUGUCUUAAAACAUAGUGGGUACGAGAUUAUGGAAUGACACCGUGAUGAUGUCGACAAUUAAUUUCUUAAUGAAUUUUUAAUUUUUGUAUUUUACCUGCAGAAGAGUCCCAUGUUUCAAUUUUGAUUUUUCUUUACAGUGUUUCGAAUGAUUUUGAAAUGAAAACAAAAAAUGAAAUCAAUUGAUAGGCCUGCCUUCCAAAAUCAACUAUCAAUAAACAACUUCACGGAACAGCCAGUUGUAUUGUCCACUAUGGACAAUCAACAAGUUUAGUUUAAAUUUAAUUUUGUGUCUAAACCAAAUUCCUCUGAAGAGUUAAGAUACUGUCUUUGGUCUUUUGUAAUUAUUAUGAAAUUGUCACCUCAAAACGUCAAAACAUCACAUUUAUAAAAGAGCUUCUUUGAAGCUAUUCCAACUGUAUUUUGGACAUAGCUCCUUGAAAAGUAAAUUUUUAAGUUGAAUUGUUAACACCUUGUUUUGAACUUUUAAUUUUAGUUAAUGUCUAAAAAUAGUCGGCUAAUGCCAACGGCACAAAGAGAAAGAUUCAAAGCAGGAAAUAAUGUGAACGUCUUGUUCCUUUUCCAAUGGUAUUUACAGCUGUAUGUAUCAACCUUUGCAUGAUACACUUUUUUCUAAAGAGUGCAAGGUGUAGUAAAUGCAAGUACUGAAUGAGCACUUUUCUUCCAUAACUUGUUGGCAGGGACAAAUUCAUAAAUUCAGCAGUAAGUACAUGUAAUUUAAGCCAUUUCUUUCACCUGCUUAGGACUGCUUUAAACACACUUGUGUUUGGGUUGAUGUUACCUCCUUAGAAAUCUGAUCUCAUGUGGUUGCAAAUCCAAUUUUUGAAGUACAUGUGCAUGCUGCUUGUUAAUACCCAUGCUCCACGUCUCAAAAUUUCUCAGACUAUGUACAUACAUGUGUUACUGUUUUGGUGAGUGUUUCUCAACACUUCUCAUUUCAGGUUUACUUGUAGACACCAAUCAUCGAAAUAUCGGAGUCUGUCAUUUCAAAGACUUUGUUGAAAUGAUAAACGGACUUUUAGUUAGACGAGGAGUUCCGAGGUGGAAAAUGUGAGGCAGAAUGAUUGUUUAGUUCACUGAGUAUGAUAACUGAAUUGCUGUUCCUACAUAUAAUUGAGUUCAGGUCUUAACUCACGCUUUGUGUAAAUACACGUGUGCAAUUGUAGGCUAGCUUAGGUGGGACCUUUCUCAUGCAUAUGGGUGCUGUACUCAGAAAGCCAUUUGUAAUGGACUGCCUAGCGUUCGUGCAUUUUGUUAAUUUUAAAUGCAACAAUGUACCGUACUUGUAUGGUUCGAGUUGAUUUCACGAAUGAAAAGACAGUACAAAAAACACAUGUACAUGUAUGGUACUUAUUAAUAUAAUAUAAAAAACUGUAUUCAUGUGCGCCUAUAAGGAAAAAAAGUAGAUUGUACAAGACAUGGUAGUUUAAUGUACACUUGACGUCAUUCCUUAAAACUUUCUACCAAUUGAGCAACAUUCUCUACAAAAUAACUUUAUUCCAAGUUCUAUCUGUAAAUUCAGCAUUGCCUGUAUUCACACAAACUUUAUUUUACACAUUAUUUAUUGUUCUUUGUAUAUAUUUGGUACUGAUAUCCAAGAACAUGGGAAUGUAAGAUAAAUAUCUUUAUAUUUGUAAUGUUUUGUGUAUGAGAAAUGAUAUAGAACAUAGGAUAUAUUGUAUUUCGUGUUUGUGUUUGUGGUACUAUGGUCUAGUUGUGGACAUCAUCGGUAACUUUAUGUGGAUUUCAACAUUGCGUGAUGUGUAAUGUGCUCCUAUAAUACUGUCUUUGUAUUCUUAGGUUUUCUGGAAUUACCAAAAUACAGCAAUUCGAAAUUGUACAUUUUAAAUAUGCCUUCAUAAAUACGUACCUGGGUGCACAUACAUGUGUGUAUUGUGAGCCAAUGAAAUGAAGUUGUCACUAAUCAAAAUACAUGCAUCCUCAUUGUUUAUUACGUGCUGCUAUUUAAGAUUUAAAAUUCUAAUAAAUCUGACAGUUCACCCGCAAAGUCAUCAACA